AUGGCUGAUUAAAAACUUAGAAUCGUUGCAACUAUUAAGGUGAAGCCUGAAUCAAGAGAUUAAAAUUUGGUUAACGCUUUUAAAGCUCUUGUAGAAGAAACAAAGAAAGAAGAAGGAAAUAUCAGCUAUAUUCUUCAUAAUGAUGUCAAAGACCCUAACACAUUUGUAUUUGUCGAAGAAUGGAGAAGCCCUGCUGACAUAGAAAAGCAUAUGAAAUCUCCUCAUUUUACAGGAUUUGUAGGAAAAUUGAAGGCUCAUUUAGUUGCUGCUCCUUAAAUUGUUACUAUCAGACCUCUUUUGUGA